CCUGUUUGUAAGCAGUCCUGUUUCACAUCUUCAAGCACAGCCUGGUUGUGUAGUCUGACGAAAAAAAAAAAAAACAGGAGUGAAUGGUGGAGUAUACACAACACAGACAGGUGACGUUGGUUUGCAAAGAAAUUAUGACCCAGUGAUGGAUCUUGUCUACCUGCCAAAAGAGUUUCAGAAGAAAACAGAACAGAACAGUGAAAGUGGAUGCACUAAAAAGACAGUGACCCAGAAAGUAGCAGGAGGGACAACGCAAGGGUGAGUAGCUGAGUAAAUGUAACUUUGCUGUCAAAUCUCAACUUGCUUGGUCCCUCCUGCACUGGAUCAUGAGACUUGCUUUUGUAUGUCUCUGCCUGUUCCUGAUAAAGCUGGCUUUUUGCCAGAACACACACAACUGUACAAUACGUUCGAGAUAUUCAAAGUGUGAUUAUCACAGACUUCUUUAUUUCACAAACAUGUCCGAAGUAAGUUAUUUCCUCGAGUGAAAUUCUUUCGUACACGUAAAUUCCGUGUUUGUUCUUGCGACGUUUUUAGUCUGCUCAUCGCAGUCUGUUUUUAAGUCACUUAAAAUGGUAAAUUACAACAGUAUACUUUUGUUUGUUUGUUUUCCAGAUCCCCGUAAAAGAUAAUUUCAGAAUCCUGCUUUACCAUCAUCAUUUUAUAAAACUGAAAGUAAGUGCAUUGGGGGUUUUAUGUGCAAACUGGCAUACCUAAUUUAGAAUAAUUUUGUAAAGCCAUGUCAGUUUUUCUAACCUUAUACAAUCUGCAGAAUCACGGAUACAAAACAAUUCAUCUGGAAGUAUUUAUGUUUUAUAUAACUGGUUUACGUAAAGUAUUUAACCUCGUCACUGCUAGUAAUGUGUUUACACAUUCUUUCUAUCGCUUGGUCACUUAAUAGGAGCCUGCAUGGUUCAUUAUGUACAGUUAUACUAAAUAGCAGCCAAGGAGAAGAGGAGUUAUGAAGCAUUAUGGGUUCACUUCAGGGUACAUGUACAAGUUGCAAUAUCAGUUGCAAUGUCUUAUGAAAUGCAGUUGCCUGGUUUAAGCAAGUGGACAGUAUUUAGUUUCUGUGAGCAUUAUUAUCACAUACAGUCGUCAUUUUUGCAUCUUAGUGGAAUGUUUAAUUCACAUUCCUAUAAAUACCAGCAUAUUCUUAACAAACACCCACUAACAUGGUAUGUCCAACUAAAAUGCUCAAUUUAUUAUUAUAGAAUAAAGCAAAGAACAUACAAAACAACAAUGCAAUGCAUAGCUAUUAAACAAAAAGUAAAUUUUUUUUUCCCACUGAAUUCACCCAAUCUUUUAUAAGUUGCAUUUUAUUUCAACUUAUAUUGUUGAAAAUUAUAAUAUUCCAUGUGUGUGAGUGUAACAAUUUUCAAAUUCUUAAAAGUAUGGAAUAUAUAUUGAUAUCUACAUGAUAUUUCUUUUUUUUGUUUGUUUUGUUUUUUUGUUUCUCAAAGCUUUUAUUGGGUGCAAUAGUCAAAUACAGUAGAACAGACUCGCAGCGAUAUUGGAAUAAUCAACACUUAGAGCAGUAGUAGGCUAUUAUACAAGUAUGUAGAGUAAAUGUGUAAAACUAACAGGGUAUGUCAGCUUUUUAUUAUUAUUUAUUAUCCAGUUUUGCUCAUGGUUAUCCACUGAAGUGUCAGUAGGUAUUCAGUGUGAAUUCAAAGUGAAUUUCAAAUUGAAGUCCUAAAUAGCUAAAUUGAAAAUAUAGGCAACUUGGCCUAAAUUUGAAACUAGUUUAAGAGACACUAUUUAGAGAAUAUUCCUGUCUGUGAACUAAAAAAUGUCUAAUUAUUUUUCCAAUAGAAAAAAAGGAGUAGGGUCGCACUCGGCCACAAUGUUUCAACCCAGGGUGCUACUGAGCAUGGGUCAGCAAACCCUAAGAAAUAUACAUGAACAAGAAAAUCUCAGGCACUCACUGCGAUUGCUUCCAGGCAGAUUUAUUGCAACGUUUCGACCUGUUAAGGUCUUUAUCAAGAAAAAGAGAUUUUUUUUUUCAUUUAAUUAUUUUUCCAAGUGAAUUAUUCAGAGUUUUCAAUCUUUGAUACUUUAGAAAUCCCUAUUAUUUCAAUGGACAAAAAAAAAAAAAAACUACCAAUGAUUUAUAUAUUAAUAAUUAUUAGGUAUCUCUGGACAGCAUUCUAUUUGUAGGAGUAUUGCAUUAUCCUGAUACCAUAUGCCAAUUAUGCAUUUCAUAUCAAAAUGUGCUCUUUUUAUAUAAAACACCAAACAAACACUUAUGGUAAGAGAUUAAAGUUUACUUUCUCUGUGUAUUUUAUGUAUUUAUAUUUAAUAUUGUUGGUUUCAUACACCUCCUUCAGUGGCAGAGAUUAUCUGGAAUUUCCAAUGCCCAGUUUCAAGAUUGUACAUUAAAAGGUUUAUUUACUAAAUUAAUUUACAGUUAAUUUCAAAUUUGAUGUUCUUGUAACGUAGCCUAACUAGACGUUUAAUGUCUUUUCCAGAAUCUUGGACCUUAACCCCUUAACGACGAGUGACGGACGAGGUCCAUCACUCAGGGGAAAGCGUUAAUGACGAGUGACGGACGAUCGUGGGGUUAACGCUGUUGCUGGGUGCCUCCGAGUCAGGGGCAGACCAGCAGCAACAAAUCCUGGUAUCCCAGCCCAUGUGAUCGCUGUGACAGCCAGUCACAGCGGUCACAAUGCUGCUGGGAUAUCUGAUCCGCCUCCCUCCACCCCGUGUGUGUGUUUGUGAAGUGGAGAGCGACGAAUCGUUGCAACAUUGUGUCCCAGAAGAAUAGUUAAGUUCUAUUAAAAGUUCCUAAUCCCUUUCCCCUUUAUUAAAAAAAAAAAAAAAUAACCCUUUCCCUGCUGCUUGAUCACUGCUAGCAGUGAUCAAUAUACAGGUCACAGUACUUUACUGUGAUCUAUUUUUUUUUUUUUUACUUUCAAGGGUUAAAUUUUAUGUUUUUUGUAACCCAAAGGGGUUAAAUUUUAUUAUUUGAUUUUAUUAAUUUGUGGUUUAUUUACUUGGGUGGGUGGAAUUUAGUGGAAAUUAGGGAAUAAAAAAAAAAAGAGUGACGCAGGGAGUGACGCAGGGGACGCAAGGGAUAGGGACUAUAUGCCAGAUACUGCAGGACCAUCAGGGGAAAUCGACAAUUCCCCUAAUGCUGAACAUGGCGCAGAUGACUGGGUACCCCCAAAUAAUUUUUCCCCAGACAUCCCAGUGUUUACAGCUAAUCCUGGCGUACAGGCUGACCUGUCUGGCUAUAGUGCGCUGGAUGUUAUGCAGCUGUUCUUCGGGGAUGAGAUUUUUGGGUAGAUAGUCACCCAGACUAAUCUCUAUGCGGAGCAGUAUCUGGCACGCAAUCUAGACUCUCUUAUCUCGAGGAAAGAGAGAUGGAACCCAACCAGUUUGCCAGAAUUGAAACAAUUCUGGGCACUGACCAUGUUAAUGGGGCUAAUUAAAAAGCCCACAAUUAGUAUGUAUUGGUCUAAACAUCCUAUUUGCAAUACCCCCAUUUUCGCAGAGACCAUGAUGAGGGAAAGAUAUGAAGACAUACUGCGAUUUAUGCACUUUAGUGACAAUAACAAGUGCCCCCCAAAAGGUGAUCCGCAGUAUGAUCUUCUUUAUAAAAUAUGCCCUUUAAAUGCCCACUUUAACAGUAAAUUUGCCACUAUAUAUAUAUACCCCCAAUAAAAACAUUUCCAUUGACGAGUCCCUCAUGAAGUUUAAGGGAAGACUGGGGUUUAGACAAUAUAUCCCAUCCAAAAGAUCCUGAUAUGGGAUCAAAUUUUAUAAACUGUGUGAAAGUGGCACUGGCUACGGAUACACCUUCCGUGUAUACGAAGGAAGGGAUAACCACCUUGAUCCCCCAGGUUGCCCACAUAUAGUAGGGACAAGUGGGAAAAUUGUCUGGGACUUAAUAAUUCCAUUCCUAAUAAAGGUUAUCAUUUAUACAUCGAUAACUUUGAUAAUAGCAUCCCACUGUUAAAAAUGUUGUACUGCUUCGAGACCGUGGCCUGUGGCACUAUUCGGAAGAGUCGCACAGGUUUCCCAAAGGCUCUAGCGAACAAAAAAAUGAAAAGGGGGGAAACAGCAGCUCUCUGCCAGAAUGAACUGCUGGCACUCAAGUACAGGGAUAAAAAGGAUGUUUUCAUCUUAACCACCAUCUAUGGUGAAAACAUCCGGAGUGUCGCAGUUCGUGGCAGAGAGGAAUGUAAACGAGUGCCAGUCUGCAUAUGGCAAUAUAAUCGGCAUAUGGGGGGCGUUGACCUGUCCGAUCAACUGAUGCAGCCGUAUUUGAUCAUGCAAAAGACCAGGGCAUGGUAUAAAAAAGUGGGCAUAUAUCUGAUGCAAAUGGCAAUCCACAAUGCCUUUGUCAUUUUUAAAAAGGCAAAUGCUGGGCUGAAAAGCACUUUUCUUUCAUUCCAGUUUGAGCUCAUUUCUGGGCUAAUUGAUUGCCACACAAGGAGACCAUCAGUGGAGCCUAGCAGAAGAAUGGAGGCAGGUCACUUCUGCUUUAAGAUUCCACCAACCCCUAAAAAACAAAACCCCCAGAAAAGGUGCAGGGUGUGUUACAAGAGGGGCAUAAGAGCUGAGACCAGCUAUUACUGCCCUGAUUGCCCCUCUCAGCCCGGCCUAUGUAUAGGCCACUGUUUUAAAAAUUUUCAAACCGAAUAAGUAGACCAGUUUUGGGGUGUGAUUUUUAGUCAUCUGUCUGAUACGUUACCGAAUCUUGGCUUUGUCUCCAGCUUAUCCUGUCUUCUCUGAUCCUUGACCUCGGCUUGUCCUAUCGUUGUUCUGUUUCUCUUUACUUCUUUGACCUCGGCUUGUACCUUGACAAUUCUCUGCUUUGCCCGGGACGCAGAUGACUGGGUACUACCCCCGGAUAAGUUUACCCCAAUUAUUCCCCCUUUUCACAGCAAAUAGUAUGCACUUGUUCAUAAUUUGAAUUGAUGAGCUGCUUAUACUUAAAAUAUAUGUGGCGUUUGAGAGGUAAUUUGCAGUCCUGAGCUGCUAAAAUGAGACUUUGGCCCAGCAUCCACUUUUGAAAAAUAUGGAAGUGGUGUGUCUCCAAUGUGCCCCUUCAACAUCCACAUAACCCUGAGAAAGGUACACAUGGGGGUAUCGUUGCACUAAGAUGACAUAGCUGAGCAACAUAUUAGGUGUUAUACUGCCGUAGCACACAUAAGGAUUGCAAAAUAUACAGUAACAUCUCCAAGUGUGUGUCAAAAAGGCAGAAAAAAUGCUAAUUGCAACUAGACUUGGUACAAACUAACAAAAAAAUGAUCCUACACUAAGGUUUAGAAUAUACCUUUUGAAAUACCCUGGGGUGUCUACUUUAAGAAAUGGUAGGACUUUGUGGGGUAGUUUGAAUUUAAAACCUGCUAAGAUGCUUGUUAAUUGCACAUAGGCCCAGCGUCAAAAUUCAAAGUUCGGUAAAAAUUGAUAUGGCUUGGUCUCCUAUAUGGCACUGUAGCUUCACAAAAUAGUGCCAAAGACAUACAAUGGGGGUGUCCUUUUACUCAGAAGACUUAGUUGAGCAUAAUGUGGGGGGUUUGAACUUAGUGGCACAUGUGAAAUAUACAAAAUGCCCAGUAAAAAUGCAAUCCAUAUGUAAAAAACGCACAAAAUUAUUUUUUACCACAUACUUUGGCAUCUAUUGGUGAAAAAAUGGGGGCAUGUUAAGGCACAAUAUGCACCUUAUGAGAUACCCUGGAGUGUCUACUUUUACAAGUGGUAGGCCUUUGUGGGGUUUUUUAACAGUCAAACUGUUAUAAUACCCCAAAUGGAAGCAUAGGCUCAUUAAAUCCGUCUCUCAAAAUUCUACUGUGAGUACUGAAAAGGACAGGUCUCCUAUAUGGCACUGUAGCUUCACGAAAUAGUGCCAAAGACAUACAAUGGGGGUGUCAUUUCACUCAGUAGAUGUAACUGAACACAAAAUAAAACUUUGUACAGGAAUAGCACACACCAACUUUACAAAAUACACACAAGAAGUUCUUUGUUAAAAGUUUGUUUUCCAAAAAAAAAAAAAAAACCCACAAUUUUACUCCAAUAUUUAGCAGAGGUUGGCAGUGAAAUGGCUACGUAGAAAGUGUCAAAACAACCCUAGGUAAAUAGCCUGUGAUGUCUACUUUAUAUAAAUAUAUACUUUUGUGUGGCAAUUUUGUUUUCUUUUAUGGCUAUUAAGCUUACAAGACAAACAUACCAAAUUCUAAAAUCGCUCCACAUUAAAAGUUUAUUUUACUCCUUGUGCUUUGUGACCUGUAACUACCAAAAAAAACUUAAAAUCCCAGACACAUUAUAUAUUCUGUAAAUCAGAACAACUAAAUGAAUUUAUUUUUAAUUACUUUUCUUAACCUGCACUAAUUAUGCACACAUUAUUAUUGCAAAAACUGUAAAAAAAAAACACACAAAUUUUCAUUUGUUUUUGCAUAUUUCUGUAUUUUUUUAUAAUAAAUAAGCAUUUAUAUAUAUAUGUGUUACAUCAAAUUAAAACCCUUUCUGUCCUUUAAAAAAACGGUAUAUAAUAUGUGUCGUUGCUAUAAAUUAGUAAAAUGUAAAUUGCAGUUGAAUGCAAACAGCAAAAAAUGCAAAAAAAUGCUGUUGUCAUUAAGUGAAAGACAAGCUUCUGAACCUCUGUCCUUAAGGGGUUAAAUAUGAAAUUUGCUUUGAAUGCUCGACAGUUCUACUUUAGAAACGUAUAUAUUUAUAUAUGAGUCAUUUUCACUAUCUAGGUAUACUUAUUAAAACAGACAAUGGUGUCCUGUUCUCUAAGCAUCAAAUAUUUCCUCUAACACCCAAACAGCCCAAAAAUAAAUCACUUUUGUUUGAAUUUACUCAUUCUAGUAAUGAUGACAGAUUUGUUUAUGUGGUGAAAUUUGUAGCAUUAAAGGAUUUAUGCAAUUUAAUAAAAAUGUCAUUCAAACCUAAGGGCAAAAAAUAUUAACUGAAAGCAUAGUUGACAAUGCGAUUUAAAAAAUAAAUAAAAAAUGUAUUGAGUAGAGCUAUUUUGGCCUUAAAUUUUUUAUUUACUUUCUGUCACAGUUAUUCAAUAAAGUGAGAACUGUCCAAGUGAAUUAAGAGUAAAUAUUCAUAUUUUUUUUUACAUUUAUGACAAUUCUCACUUUAGCAAAUGUGACAGGGUUAUUCAUUAACGUGACAAAUGUCAGAAAUUCCAAGUGAAUUUCAAAUUUAAGGCCAUAAUUUCAAUACUGGAAGAAAUCUCCAAUGCUGCUGUGAUUCCAGUUUAACUUUUGUUUACCUUAAAUUUGAUAGUCACUUUGAAUUCCCAACAAUUCUCAUUUUAGUGAGUAUACCUCUGAAUCUUUAUAAACUCUAAUGUUUAAGAUUUUACGCAUCUACCUGUGUAUAUCGUAGUGUAUUGAGGAGCAAUCUUACAAAUGACAGCCAUGGAUGACCCAUUGACCUUACCUUCUUCCUUUUUAACUUGUAUCAUGAAAAAGCCAUAAAACAUCAAAUAACUGUUCUAUAUCCAUAUUCUCAUGCUCUUUAUGAUUAUAUUUAUCUGACGUGAUUUUUUAAAUUGCAAUUAUUUGUUCAUUAUUCAAUCUGGUUUCAUUGUCUAUUCCAUUAACAUUUUCCUAAUCAAUGUGACUGAUGAUUUAUUUACCACUAAAUAAAAAAUGUGUUACUCUCUUUUCAUCCUCAUCAAACUCUUAGGUGCUUUUGACAAUACACUCAACAUACUCCUUCUUUAAAGCCUUUGCAACCUUGAGCUUUGAUACAUUGUCCUUUAUUGGUACUCGUCUGGCCAAUCCUAAUAUUCCAUUUUUGGAAUCACCACCUUCGUACCGUUUGUUUCAGUUGGAGUCCCCCAAGGCUCAGUUAUUGGCCUUAUUCUGUUUUUCUUUAUUUUACAUUUCUACACAAUCUGGUUAUUUCCGUUGGCUUUCAGUAGCACCUUUAUUCUGAUAAUACAUACAUAUCCUUUCAGGGAACAUAUCACUUACUGUCUUUCCUCUUCCUCUAACCAAAUGGCAAAGCAAUGCCUGAAACUCACUAUUUCCAUAACUCUGCUUUCUAUCUUCCCUCCAUUUCAAAACUACCUCUACAUUGUAGCUGUCUAUAUGCAUUAACCCAACCAUCAUAAACUCAUUACCUUGGUGCACGUCAUGACUAAUCGUAUGUUUGCUCUCCAUAUCCAGUCCAUCUUAAUAUCCUGUAAUUUCCAUCUUAUUGGUUAUAGUUGGCCUACUUUAAUAUGUGAAUAAGGUACUUCUUUAUGUGCUUAUUCCCUGCCCACAUUGCUCCAAUGCAAUUUGUAAUGCUGUUACCAGGCUUAUUCUCCUUACUUGCCUCUCCUCACAUCCAUCAUUACUCUUCCAAUGAUAACACCAGACUCUCUAAGAUCUAAGUGAAAUUAGUGACCACAACAAAGCUCUAAACAACUCUAACCCUCAAUAAAUUUCCUUAUUAUAUUUUCUAAUUCAUAAGCACGCCACUUCUUGAUCAAUCAGACAUUUAUCUCUGUUCACACCUGUAUUGCUAGACUUUAUCUACGGAACUACCAAGGGCAUCUCCACACCUAAGGAACAGCCUAUCUCUUCCUACAAGACUUUCUCUUACUCUCUAGCCCUUUAGGACGACCUUGAAAAGUCUUAAUCUCUAUACCGAAGCUUAUUGUAUUCCUGGGAAAUGUAUCUCUUUAUACCAGUCUUCCCCAACUCUCCUCACAUAGUUGGUGUUUUCACAUAGUCCAUUUCAUCUUCUAACUUUUCUAGUCUCUGGCUUUCCCACACGUUUCCUUUAUGUGUUUCAUGCAAUUUAACUAGAUACAGUCAUCAUUAAUGUGAUCUGAGACUUAUUAUUAUUAUUAUUAUGAUGAUAUUUAUAGAGCGCCGUCAAAUUCCGCAGCGCUUUACAAUGGGUGAUCGAACAGACAUGUAGUUGUAACCAGACAAGUUGGACACACAGGAACAGAGGGGUUGAGGGCCCUGCUCAAUGAGCUUACAUGCUAGAGGGAGUGGGGUAAAAUGACACAAAAAGGUAAGGAUAGUAUUAGACUAGUGACAGUAUCUCAUGAUGUUCUUGCUGUUAUGUUUUACACCCUACGCACUCCUAUAUUUUAAGCCUGUAUGAGCAGGGUUGUCCUUGCUUCUUUUUUUCCUUGCCACGUGUUGUAUAUCCCUAUUGGGAAAUUGGAAAAAUGCUCCUAAUUAUCUUGGCAUUAUAUAAGUGAUUAUAAUAAUCGUUGUUUUGACAACGGUUCUUCACAUUGGAAUAAAAGUUAUUUUACAUUUCAAAUCUCAAUUGUUGUUUUUUUUUCUCUGAUGCGAUCAAUCUUUUCACAUACUCUCCCUUAAAACGUGAAAUAUCAUUCAUAUUGUAUAAUCCAUGUUUAUCAUGAUUUCUUCCAGGUAAAACAGAAAAUAUGUCUCUUGAAGAGGAUACUUGCUUUUUAUGAACUGGUUUUUGAAAAAGUGUUUACUACAAAAGUCCCCGUACAGACCAUUUAUGCUGUUAAAGACCUUCUGCAAGUGCUUGGUGGCCGCUGUCUUAAAUGUGUAAGUCUGCUUUACCACUAAUUCUACCAUAUAAUACUCGUAUAAUCAUAGGCGUGCACGGCCUAUUGUAUAAGGGUGUGCACACUAAGGCACAAACACACACGCCGCGUGUGUGUAUAUAUAUAUAUAUAUACACAUACAUAUAUACACACACACACAUAUAUACUGCUGUGUGUGUGUGUGUGUGUGAGGGUGCUGUGUGUAGGUGCUGUGCUGUGUGUGUGUGUGUAGGCACUGUGUGUGUGUGUGCAGGCGCUGUGUGUGUGCAGGCACUGUGUGUGUGGGCGCUGUGUGUGUGGGUGCUGUGUGUGUGUGUAGGCGCUGUGUGUGUGUGUAGGCACUGUGUGUGUGUGUGUGUGCAGGUGCUGUGUGUGUGCAGGUGCUGUGUGUGUGUGAGGGUGCUGUGUGUGUGUAAGGGCUCUGUGUGUAAGGGCUCUGUGUGUGAGGGUGCUGUGUGUGUGUGAGGGUGCUGUGUGUGUGAGGGCGCUGUGUGUGUGAGGGCGGUGUGUGUAAGUGUGAGGGCGCUGUGUGUGUGUGGAAGGGCGCUGUGUGUGUGAGGGCGCUGUGUGUGUGUGAGGGCGCUGUGUGUGUGUGCUGUGUGUGAGAGCGCUGUGUGUGUGAGAGCGCUGUGUGUGUGAGGGUGCUGUGUGUGAGGACGCUGUGUGUGUAAGGGUGCUGUAUGUGUGUGUAAAGGUGCUGUAUGUGUGGCGAAAGUAACCUCGCCACUGGUUUUUGGAGGGGCCUGUUUUCCAGCCUCCUGCCCUGUGACUCUGGCCCCAUGUUGAAAUGCUUGAUUUUCCCCUGCAAAGACCCGAAAGCCGAGUCAUUCGGUACUUUCCCUAUGUGAGCAGUGUUACCCCAGAUAGCUAUGCCAUGGAGCCCAUACGUAUAACGAAAGACUAUGUGAAAGACUUUGGCUCCAUGGCAAUUGAACUGUAUGUAUGUGAUCUGAGCGCCAUUCAGUAAUAAUGUGCGCUCAGAUCUAAGCUAUCUGGGGAUAUGUUGAAUGUACCUGUUUUAUGCAAUAGCUGCACAGUUAUAUAUUUUUAUGUAUUUUAUUGUAUUUUGCUACCAUGUGGCUAAUGGAGUUUUGCCUCUGUCCUUGGAGAUAAUUGGAUUACUUCCCAAUUAUCUCCAGGAUAGAAGACUCUGUGGAACUGGUUUUGGGCAGAAAAGCCAAGCUUCAUUUGGUCACAAAGGACAUUGAUCUAACUUUUGACCCACUGGACCAAUUUGUUUGAUUUUGACGUAUGUUGGUAUUUGGAGUAUGCUGAUUCUGAAAAUGUAAGUGAAUGUUUAUGUGAAUGUGAUGCAUACUUUUAAAGUUAUGAAUAUUGUGUAAAACUGUGUAUUUUCCUGCCUGUGAUAAUUAUAUUAACCCAUAGUGCAAGGUAAUUGUAUCACAGGCAGAGGGGAGGAUUUUGUGUGGGAGUAUCUGAGUGUAUUGUACAUGUUUAUUGGUUGUUUUACAAAAUCCUGUGGGUGGUACUAAUGUGUGCGAAUGUGUAUAUAAGAACAAUAAACCCACAGUUCUGUCAGUUCUACUUCACCCUCAAUCUAGAGUCCUGUCUAUUAUUGGGGGAAUUGCUAUAUCACUACAAGGUAUUGCUAUGCUCUGCAUACUCCCUUAGCUAAUCACUACUAAGCUCUUUUAAGAGCUUGUUCCUGCUUCAUUCUCUUGGAGGAGAGGUUCACCCACUGGAACCUUGUCAUAAAUCCAGUGUGGGUAGGAGACGGCGAGACCCCAACCAAGCUGCGGCGGUUCGUGGGGUCUACGGUGGUUGUGGUGUCUGGCAGAGCGCUUGGAGCCCUCUGUAAGCGCUAGAGCAUCCUUCAACAGAGGUACCCAUACAUGGCUACUCACUAAGCACUGGAUUUUAUCUGAAUGGACAACGGUAAUUGUUAGUAAUAAAAGGGGGAUGUCCUUAAUACCCUAGCUGCCCAUCAAAAAAACAAAUUACCCUACCUACUCCCAUCACCCUAAUAAUAGUGAGGGGGGCAAUUAAACUAAUGCCUGUUGACAAAAAUUACACUUACCAUCAGCGCGCUCUGACAGCCAAGUCUCAAGAGAAGUGAGACUUCUCUCGAGACUUGGUUGCCAGAGGGUUCUGAUUGGUUGGCGUUUCCCACAAUUUGCAAUAGAUGAGUUAGUGUGAGAAAGCCUCUCCAUGUUUUAAUUUUUAGUUGAAAUAUAAUAUGUACAUUUAUCUGUGCCCAAAUAGGAAUCAUUGUUGACUUCCAAUUGGUUGCUAGUAAUAAUUUAGCAGCCACCAAAACGUAUUAUGCUAAAUAAUUUUUUAAUGGAAUUAAAAUGUAUCCACACCCAAGUGUAAAAUAAAAAAAAAAAAUCAGGUGUAAAGUUUAUAGAAAGUUCACAUAAUUUAGAGAUCUUGUGCAAGUUGUCAUCCAAAAAUGUUGUGCUGGUAGAGAAUACCACCACAAAUGCGCAAUAGCCCCUUUUUUGAGUCUUACAUUUCCAAAAGUUAUUUGAUAAAUCUGAAAAGAUUUUCCCCAAUCGACCAUCUGUUUAGCAUUUUAAAAUAUGCCUCCAUUAAAUUUAAAAUGUAUACUGUUUUAUAUAUUGUUCUUAGAUACUUUACCCAAUCUGUGUGAUCAAUCUUUAUUUUUAAAUCACUCUCCCAUUUCUCUAUUGCUUGUGGAACAAUAGUAGAGUUGAUUAGUCUCCAUGUUCCCACACAUUGUGAGAUAGCAUUUUUCAUAACUUUCUGGGUCAUAAGUGAUUCAAAUUUUUAGUAACCUCAGGCGAUCUCUCCUUAAUUAAAUGUUUUGGUAAAAAUUCCUUAAUUCUUAGGUAGGAGAAAAUCUCUUUACGUGAUGUGAAACUCUUGAGUUAGCUGUUCAAAGGUUUGGGCAAAUAGUCUGGAUUAAUUUUAGUUCCGUGCCAGAAUUUUAUUCAUAUGAAUUUCAGCCACCCAGCGGUGUUCAGUAUCACUGAAAUCAGCACUAAAUUUAGGCCUGUUCGGUGCCUGAUUUACAAAAAUCCAUACAAAAUCUAGACAAUGCUGAAUUUCAUCAAGAAUGCCUGGAUAUUGCAGUCCAUUCAAACUUUAGCGAAAAACCCUCUUAGUAUUUUCAAAUUGUUAAUCAUAUUACUAAUAUUGUUUUUUACAUUCAUUAAAUGCAAUGUGACUAUUGGCAAAAUGACUAUUCUCUCUGAAGUGCCAUUUUUAUUUGUCUUUCACUUAUUUAUUUUUAUUUUAUUUAUUAUUUUUAUUUUUUUACAAAUAAGCUGAUUUGUAAUGGAAAGUCGAGCAUGGAAAGUCAGACAUAAUCAGAUACAAGGAGCGAAACCUGACAAAAGCAAACUGGGGACAGUCCCAGAAUUUUAAAAACAUUAUGCAAGUUCAUUUCACUUAUGUGAGACAUAAAAUCCCUUAAUUCUGUCAAUUCAUCACAUUUAGUAAACAUUGCAUUGCCCACACAUUCCUGCUUGUGAUGUAACACAUCGAGUUGUUGGUGAUUAACUUUUUUUCAAUUACUGUCAAAAUAUUUGCCUGAUAUAAGGAAGUGCAUCCGCUGUUUGUUUAAACGUUUGCAGCACAUGCAGUAAUUGGAACAGCACACUUCAAGUCACAUUCCUAAAAUAUCUUUCUUGGCACAUACUAGUGAAAGACAGUGAGUUGUAUGAAAUGUACUUAGACAAAAAAAAAAAAAUCCAUAGUGCAAAUUUAUUCAUAUGUAUACAUUCUUGCAAAAAAAAAAAAUAGUAACAACUCAAUUAAAAUUGCCAAUAUUAAAUGAGUUCAUUUAAUACAGGCAAUUUUAAUUGAGUUGUUACUAUUUUUUUUAUUUUUUUUGCAAGAAUGUAUACAUAUGAAUAAAUUUGCACUAUGGAUUUAAUUAAGUUGUUUUGAGGGCUGGAGUUCCUGAGAGUGACUUGUAUGACUGUUCUCUCACUUUUUUGGUCAGUGAAGCAGCAGAAACCUUUUGUGAAACAUUUGGGCCACAGUUAUUGACUAAGAAGAUUUCCUUUAUCUGUAUACACGAUUUAUUUUAUAUUUGAUUGUAAGCACAUUUUAGGAGCAGGGAUCUAGUGGUAAAAGGAAAGAUUCCACCAUAUAUUGUCUUCCCUAAUAAGUAUUUAAGUCUCAGUAGGCAAUGCAGUUGUAAACACAAAAUGUCAAGACGUACAGAUACAAUAACACUGUUAGAUUUUAAUUGAAAAUAACAAAGAUAAGCCUUGAUUUAGUAAGCAUUCCAAAUGAUUCAAUAUUGUUAGAAAAAUUAAUUGAACUACUUAUCUACAAAAAGUCCCGUAGACUUUAAUGGUGUUUUCUGUAGAUAAAUAUUUUGGAAAGUUUUUCAAUCUUUUAGAUUCAUUUGGAAAGCGUAUUAAUUUGAGGUCCUUGGCCUCAAUUUAAUAUUGUUUAAUAAGCUUUCCAAAUGAUUUAUUAUUUUUGGAUAAACUUUUACAAUUAUUUUUUCAACAUAUUAAAACAUCAAAAAAAAUCAUAAAUUAAAAAUAUAUAAGUAUAGCAAAAAAUAUCAACAUACUACAAAAUUUAAUUUUUUUUUAUAAUAACAAAACAUUUUAAAAGUUUAUACAAAAAUAGUAAAUCAUUCUGAAGAGCUUAUCCAAAAAUAUUAAAUCAAGGCACAUGGCCUCAAUUAAAUAUUGUUGGAUAUAGUUUCCAAAUGAUUUAAUCUUUUUGGAAAAAGGUUUAAAAUGACAAAAUGUUAUAAAAACAUUUUAGUUUUGUAAUAAUUUGAUAUUUUUUGCUAUAUUGAUAUAUUUGUAAUGCACAAUAUAUUUUUUGAUGUUUUAAUACGUUAAAAGAAUCAUUUUAAAAGUUUAUCCAAAAAUAACAAAUCAUUUGGAAAGCUUAUCAAGCAAUAUUAAAUUGAGGCCAAGGGCCUCAAUUUAAAAUUGUUGGGUACAUUUUCCAAAGGAUUUAAUAUUUUUGGAUGGAUUUUUAAAAUGGUUUAUCAUUAAAAAUAUUUACAUUUUGUAAUAUUUUGAUAUUUUUUAUACAUAAUACUUUUUUAUAUUCUUUUUUGAUAUGUUGAAAAAAAUAAAUGUAAAAGUUUAUCCCCAAAAAAUGAAAUAAUUUGGAAAACUUUUCCAACAGUGUUAAUUUGAGUUCCUUGUUAGUUAUUUUUUUUAGUUUAGCUAUUUUGGUGGUGGUGGUUGGAAAUUUUUAAGUUGGUGGGGCACCAGACUCCGUCCCCUGAAUUUUACUCCUCCCUAAACAGUACAGAGAUACUCAUACAAUACAGGGACCUAAGCGUAACACAGAGAUGCACAUACAAUAAAAUAAGCUUGGCACAACAUAAAAAUAUCUAUAACAUACAGGGAACAAUACAGAGAUAACCUUAAGACAAACAGAGCUGAGAAAAAAAUAGAGCUAUAAUACACAGAGCUAGGCAUAAUACAAAGAUACAUAUACAACACACAGACCUGAGUAAACUACAGAAAAAACACAUUAAACAGAUUUAGCUGAGUAAAAAACAUAGAGAAAUAAUACUCAGAGCUGGGCACAAUAAGGCGAUACUCAUAACUAUCCUACACAGCAAGGAUCACUGUGCUGGAUUACACAGAGCUCUCUCUUCCUAGCCCCCUCUUGGCUUUCCCUCUUAUGAUAUCAUGUUCACUUGUAUUCCUGAUGAUAACUUUGGUUUUCUAUUAACUAUUACUGCUGUUGGGAAACAUGUAAGCUGCUCCCUUAGAUCUCAGCACACAAAGCAGCAGUAUACUGAUAGACUCCUUACUACCUUUACAGCUGGCAAUAUAAUUAAUCUGCAGUGGCAAUAUGGAGGCAAGAAUAGCUGACAUGAUUAACACAACCAAUAAACAUUACAGAUUAAAGAAGAUUGAAAUAAGAAUCAGAUCAGUCCUCAGAGUCAAAGCCCCAGUCCUGCAGUUUGAAGUUACACCACAGCAUGAGCAUCUCAUGUCUCAGAUGUAGUGACUAGGCACUUAAAGGUAGAGGUUGGGUAUUUGUAGUAGGAGUUAUUAAAGCUAUUAGUGACAGGCAGUGCAGUGCUGUGUGUCAGAAAUCCCCCCUCCUCUUGUCACCUCUUCCAGGGCAUUAUGUAUAUUAAUUGUAUAGAUGAGCAAAUUCCCCUUGCUUGAUCAUCCCUCAGGCAGUCACUAGGGCUAUUGGGGAAGCGAAAAAGAUAAUAUUAUAUACUUACAUUUGGUAGAGACCAGGAACUGUUGCUGUGCUCUCUCUGUGUUACUUCUAAGAUUGCUUCCUACUUCUCUAUCCUUUUGGCACUGUAUCCCAAUCCCUUAAAGCUAUCAGCCAAUGAUGGCCACUGAAUAGAGAGACCAAUAGAAUGCCUCCACUCAACUCUGCUGGCCGCAUUUGCAACUUAAUGGGAAUUCAUUCUCAAAGGACACUAGACAUGUGCUAAACCAGCAGAAAAAGGGCAUAUGUCAAACCUGCCCCAAUUUACGGACAUGAAUAGGUGCUCUAGAGUAAGCUUUUCCAAACAGCUACCAAUGAGAGGGGAGGAACUGAGCCCUAUGACAGAAUUAAAGAAACACUAUUUUUGUCCCAAAUAUAUUUUUUGCUUUUACCGCUGUCCACUCCAGAAAAAAAGAAUCUUAGUGUUUCAAAGCUACUGCAAAUAAUUGUUCCCCACAAAAACGGGUAGGGUGCUGUCUCAAGUGCCCCUAUGGACAAGCCUUGCGAGGACCUCGCGAUUACAUGGACGGCAUUGCCGUCCAAGGCAUUGCCAGCAGGGGUAGUGCCUGUAAUGACAGGUACUCCCCCUGCUGCCUGAAAAAAAAAAAACAGUUUAAAACAGUGUAAAAUUACAUAUAUAUACUUAGAUCAUAUACAUAUUAGUAUAUAUAUGAUCUAAGUAUAUAUAUAUACACACAUAUACACAAACACAUAAAUACACAUACAUAGUCUUAGUGUAUUUUAAUAUUAAUAUAUAUAAUUAUAUAUUUAUAGAUUAAUAUCAAAGUACACGUACAAUGAUAUUGAAUAAAUAAAUAUAUAUAUAAUUAUCAUUAUAUAGAUAUUUAUAUAUAAUAUAAAAUAAAUAGAUAUAUGUAAAUACGUUAAAAAAUAAAAUAAAAAAAUAAUUAAAAUAAAUAUAUAUAUAUAUAUAUAUAUGUGUAACUUUGUUCUGACUGUAUUUUAAAAUGAAUAUAUUUAUAUUGAUAUCAAAAUACACGUAGAAUUUAAUAGUAUAUGUAUCUAUAUACAUAAGUAUAAGUUUUCCUGUUAUUUUUUGACCCUAAAGAAAGUCCCGAACGGGAACUGAAACGUUGGUCACUAUUUUUAAACUUCAUUAAAUAAAAUUUCAUUUUUUAAAGACCAGUGAGCAGCCAUUUCUUUUUGGAUACUGUGUCAUAUGGAGCUCUGGUUGAUGCGCCCGGCAGUGAAGCGGUUAAAGCGUGAGUGCAGGGGAUUUUUGCAUUUUUAUCUACAUAAGUAUAUACGUAUAUAUCACUAAAUAAAAAUAAUUAAAAAAAAUUAUAUACAUAUAUAUUUAUAUACAUAUAUAUAUAUAUAUACACACAUGUAUAUAUAUAAUAAUUCUACGUAUAUAUUUAUGUAAUAAUUUUACAUAAUUAGGUCAUUUUAUUAAUUACAACUUGCGGGACCUGCCUGACAAGGAAUUUAAUUUGCUAGCACGAUGAUAUCGUCUGUGAAAGUGAAAUCUUUUGCAUUUUUUCAUACACAAAUGGCACUUAUACAGACGAUAUAAUUGUUGUGAUACGUUUUACUGUUUUGAAACACUAAUAUUUGCGUUCAGCGAAGUCUCCUGAGUAUAAUAGUACCCCUCAUGUACAGGUUUUAUGGUGUUUUCAAAAGUUACAGAGUCAAAUAUAAGGCUUGCGUUUCAGUUUUUUCACAUUGGAAUUCGCCAGAUUGGUUACGUUGCCUUUUAGACCGUAUGGUAGCCCAGGAAUGAGAAUUACCCCGAUGAUGGCAUACCAUUUGCAAAAGUAGACAACCCAAGGUAUUGCAAAUGGGGUAUGUCUAGUCUUUUUUAGUAGCCACUUAGUCACAAACACUGGCCAAAAUUGGCGUUCAAAUUAGUUUUUUGCAUUUUUCACACACAAACAAAUAUUAACACUAACUUAGGCCAGUGUUUGUGACCAAGUGGCUACUAAACAAGACUGGACAUACCCCAUUUGCAAUGCCUUGGGUUGUCUACUUUUGCAAAUGGUAUGCCAUCAUGGGGGUAAUUCUCAUUCCUGGGCUACCAUAUGGUCUAAAAGGAAUGUAACCAAUUUGGCGAAUUUCAAUGUGAAAAAACUGAAAAAUGUAACAUGCUAUAUUUGACCUUGUAACUUCCCAAAACACCAUAAAACCUGUACAUAGGGGCUACUGUUUUACAUGUGAGACAUCGCUGAAUACAAAUAUGUGUAUUUUAUUGCAGUACAGUAAGCGCAAACAGUAUUAUGACAUUCACGUAGAACUAAACAUUUUUUAAAAAAUCUUAUUUUCUCCCAUUUUUUUAUAUUUUAUUUAUUAAAUUAUGUUUUAUACCUAAAUAUUUGAUGUUAAAUGAAAGCCCUGUUUCCCCUGAAUAAAAUUAUAUAUAAUAAGUGUGGGUGCACGUAAUAUGAAAGAGUUGAUUUAAGUCUGAACAGACAUAUAGCGCAAUUUCAAGUUUUUGUUUUGAUCACAACGUGUACAUUUGGCUCAGUCCUUAAGGGGUUAAUAAGUGUGUAGGGGUUUAUAAAAAUAUCCCUUCCAGUCUCUUUAGAAAUGUUGCCUUUUGUUGUUAGUGUAGAAGAUGAGCUUGCACUUUAAUCGCCAUUGGAGUGAUGCUGUAAACCCGUUAUUUAUAUGUACUGGGGGGGGAUUUUGGAUAUAUUGGAACGUUUGCAUUUGCUGCUCUUAGGAAACAUAAGAUAUAUUAUCUUUUAUUUGAAUUCAUAAAUCAAAAAUCUCUAAAAUACAACGUGGAUCUAAAAUGAAACUGUAUGGAGAAUAUUUUAUUUGAAUGCACUAUUAAUCUCUUUUUCCGUUUUAUUUGCAGCAUGGUUGUCAGAAUGUAUUUCAAAACAGGGUACAAGUUAAUGGAAAGGUAAGUUUUAUUGCUUUGUUUUUUUGUUUUUUUUUACUGCUCCAUCUAUGUGAGAAUUAUUACUGUUUUGCUAAGAAAUUGUAUAUUAAUUGAUAUUUCUAAAGACCAAUUCUCAAGUAAAAUUCACAAAGUGGAGCACUUACGACACCUUUAGAACUUUUUCCCACAAUGGAACUUUAUAGAUAAUCAUCUAUUUAAAAAAAAAGAAAAAAAAAAGACUUGUAUAGAUGUUGAUUUUAAACAAUGUACUAAUUUGAAAUGGUUUUUCUCUAAACUCUAAAAGUUCAUGGCCCAAAUAAAGCCAAAAUAAUUCAUUAAUGUGCAUUCAGAUGCCAAAACUUAGACAUUGAUCAUAUUACAUAUUAAGUGGACACUAUAAGCACUAAAACAACAAUUGUACAAAUGUAGAAUUUAGUGAGUUACAAAUUCAUUUUCUCUCUCGACAGCUACAGAUUACCAAGCGUUAUACCCAUAGUUGUAGUAGGUUUACAAAUCUUGUGAUGCUCAGGCAGCCCUAA